GACUUGAUAAACGGAACUUGUUGUCGACGGGCUUCAAUACUAAUACGUGUAUGCUCCGCUUGCAACCAUGUGCUUCUCACCUUUUUUUUUUUUUGAUUCAUGAGGCGGAAGCGAGAAACACGCACUGGAAGAGGCAAACUUAACCCAAUUCAAUUUUAAAAAUCAUAAUGAAACGGGAUGCACAAUGGUAAGUUAUCAUGCUUAUUGUUCCUUGUUCUAAUUCGGUCCACACAACAAUCCUAUAAAAAGCCAGUCCCAACGCCCCUCUCAUGGUCCUUCGCUCUCUGUGAUACAUCAAGCUCCUUUGUCUGUGCAUCACAAUCACGGUGAUCGCCUAUUCAGCAAUCACUUAUUUGAACUCUCGCUGAGCGAGUCUUCUUGUUGUUAACCUUUAUCUUCUCCUUCUCUUCCCGCCCUUCCUCAUCUCUAUCUUCUUUUUUCGACAUCCGUUUACGUUUCACUCAUCCACUAUGAUGCUCCGAACACUUGUCCAACUCCUCCCCGCCCUCGCCAUCUCCACUCUUGUCUCAGCUCAUGGAUUCGUACAACAGGUCACAAUCGACGGCACCGUCUACAAGGGCAAUAACUUGAAUGUGGAGACCCCUGCUGCUUCUAUCAUCCGUCUUGUCAGCACAAACAGCCCCGUAAAGGGUGCUACAAACCCAGCCAUCAAUUGUGGGCAAGACGCUCAGUUCGGUUCCCUAGUCGGAAAUGCGAACCCUGGCUCUCAGCUCGAGAUUCUCUGGGUCGGCGGAACAGACGGCACAUCUAACUGGCCUCAUAACACAGGUCCGCUGAUGCACUACAUGGCCAAGUGCGACGGUUCUUGCUCUACAUACAACUCGACGAAUGCCGAGUGGUUCAAGAUCUCUGAGCUCGGUCUCGAGCCCAACGGCAAUACCUGGUACCAGGCAAGCCUUAACUCCCGAGCUCCCGCAAACGUGACGAUCCCGAGCACCCUCGCGCCCGGAAAUUAUCUGCUUCGCGCGGAGAUUAUCGCUCUCCAACUUGCAAUGUCAGAGGGAGGUGCUGAAUUCUACCCUGCGUGCAUUCAACUCCAAAUUGGCGGUGAUCAGACUCAGGGCCCGACUUCGAGCGAAGAGUGCACAUUCCCUGGUUGCUACACUGAUACUGAUCCCGGUAUCCUGACGCCAAAUAUCUACAACCCUCCCAUCGAGUACACGUUCCCUGGUCCUGCUGUUGCAACCUUCGCGAAUACCGGCUCGAGCUCUACUCUGUCUUCCCCUACUUCCGCAUCGGGUUCCUCAUUCAACCCUACAUCAACGCUUGCUAACGGCCCUGCUUCCACUGUUAUCGCUUCCCCACCAUCCACCACGUCGAAUUCAACAGCAACAGCAACAGGCACGUGCAUGCUUAGUGCCCGCUCCAAGGAAGAUGCUGUCAAGCGAAACAGCAGGACCAAGCGGAUGCACAAGCAGAGACUCGUCCGUUCGCACUAA